AUGACGAUCUCCUCAAACUCCAUCUUCCCUGUCUCCUGCUUCAGUUGGGUAAUCAACAUGAGUGGUGGUUGGAAUCGCCAUGGGAGGAUCACUUUGCUUGUGAUGCAACAAUCCCGGCAACAAAAUGUAACACCACCAUCAAAUCAUGUUGUGAAGUCAGCACCACCUAAGCCUCAAUCUCCACCGCAGCAUCCUCCUCCACCUCCAUCUCCACCACUGCCUUUCAAGAGCAAGGGCAGCAGCUCAGAGCCACCCUCCAGGGCUUGUGAGACCUGGAAGAAACACAUUUGGACACCUGAGCUCCUGCCAAAGCUGAAGUAUUUUCUAUGGAGAGUAGCCUCCAAUGCACUACCAACAGGAGCAAAUCUCCAAACCCGAUGCAUCCUAAACAACACCAACUGUGCAAGAUGCGGCGAGAGGGAAACAAUAGAUCACCUUCUUUUCAAUUGCAACUUUGCAAGGGAAGUCUGGCGUUGUGGCCCCUGGAGCGACACCAGACAUACAUCUGACGUCUCCUCUUUCAAGCCAAUGAUAGAAAGCUCAGGGACAUGGCAGAACUUGCCUCCAAACGGCCUGAUCUUCGAUAAUAGAGCGCCCACGCCACAUGAUACUGCAAUCAAAGCUAUCUCCUCCCAGAGAGAAUGGGAAUUAGCCCAAACAAACGGACCGAUUAAGACCCCUCCUCUUCUCCCACGGCCUCCACUGAGACAGGAUGACGCCACCAUCUUCUGCAACACGGACGCCGCUUGGAGAGCAAAUCGACAAUUGGCUGGCCUCGGUUGGAUCUUAACGGAUCGAGACUCCACGGAACUACACAGAGCCUCAAAACCCGCAUCAAACGUCUCAUCCGCUUGCAUGGCCGAAGCCCUUGCAAUUCGAGAAGCUCUGCUCCACGCCUCUUCCCUCCAACAUACAAACAUCUGUAUUCGCACAGAUUCUCAAGUGCUCGUCAGAGCGAUUACCACAAGAAGAAGAUCGACAGAACUCUAUGGAAUUUUAUCGGACAUCGACUCGCUGGCUUUCUUCCCUUCUUCCCCUUUCGUCUCUUGCGUUUUCAUUUUCACUCCAAGGGCCUCCAACGGUCCAGCGGACUCUUUAGCUAAAUCUUGUCUCUUUUCUCAUUUGGGCCUGAGGCCAUAA